UCCUUUGGCAGCUCUUGCUCUCUAGCAGCUGCUCACCGAUUUUAUUUCCGGUUGUGCCGUUUCCGCCAUUUUACAUUUGCAAUUCGAAUUGGCGCGGUAGGACUUUUCGAGUCCUUUUUGGUUUAUUUUUCCGUUGCAUAUGCGUGGGCUAAUUAGCAUGCGGCGGCAUUUCCAGCAACAUCGACAGCAACUGCAACAGAAAUUGCAGCAUCAAAACGACAAGUAGAGAACAUACAAUAGGAAUAAUAACCCGGAAUGGAAGAGGAUGUGUAUGCAUCGAUAGGUUCCUACAACGACAGCAGCGGUGGCGACGGCAGCUGGGGCAGUUCGGAGCAGCUGCUCUUAUGGGACGCGGGCCCAGAGGAUGAGCGGUCAAUCGGAAAUAGCAGCCAUCAGCAUAAUCAACUGUUUCCAAGGGGUGAAGUGGUAAGAGAAGAGGGAGUAGGAGGAGGCAUCACAGGAAUAGGAUGGAAUGUAAGCAAUGCCACAGGGUCAUGGCCCACCGAUGAUCCUUUCGAGGCGAACAACUACUGGGCCUUGUUGGCCCUCGUCCUGGUUCUGGGAACAGCGGCUGGCAACAUCCUUGUCUGCCUGGCCAUCGCCUGGGAGCGCCGAUUGCAGAAUGUGACCAACUACUUCCUCAUGUCCCUGGCCAUCACGGAUCUGAUGGUUGCUGUUCUGGUCAUGCCGUUGGGCAUCCUUACGCUGGUGAAAGGCUACUUCCCCCUGGGCUCCGAACAUUGCCUCACCUGGAUCUGCCUGGAUGUCCUUUUUUGCACCGCCAGCAUCAUGCACCUGUGCACCAUCUCCGUGGACCGUUAUUUAUCGCUUCGCUACCCGAUGAGAUUUGGCCGGAAUAAGACCCGUCGCCGGGUGACUCUUAAAAUUGUUUUCGUGUGGCUUCUCAGCAUUGCCAUGAGCCUGCCAUUGAGCUUGAUGUAUUCCAAGAAUCACGCCUCGGUGCUAGUGAAUGGAACUUGCCAGAUACCGGAUCCGGUCUACAAGCUGGUCGGCUCCAUUGUGUGCUUCUACAUUCCGCUGGGCGUAAUGCUGCUGACAUAUUGCCUAACCGUCCGCCUCCUAGCCCGACAGCGCCAGAACCUGGGCGGAGGCCAGCAGACGGCCGCUGCCACUCCCGGAUGGGCCAGUGGGUGGCUGGGACAGACUCCGGCUUUGGAACGUCGAUGCACCUGGCGCCGCUUGCUGAAACCUGGUCCGGGCCACGCCUCUUCCGUGCUGCACGCCCACUCGGCCAACUCCACGGACACCGAUCUGAGCACCUUGGACAAUCACGAGCUUUGGUUACCAGACUCCAGCAUCAAGGAGCCAACGCCGACGACAAUGACGGCAUUGCAUCAGUUUGGAGCCGAGAUGCUGAAGCUCUCCCGCGGUCUUGAAUCAGUGGCCUCCUCCUCCACCACCGGCUCGCCCACCAAAUCAGAAUUCUCCAUCUCGAAGCACCUGCAGUUCCCCUGCAGUCCGCAACGGUAUGCUACCCAUCUGCAGCAGCAACAAGGACAUCAUUCGCAUCACCUGCAAAAUCCUCAGCAGCAGCAGGGCGCCUACCACCAGCAGACCUCACCCAAAGGUCGCCAGGGAACCGCAACUGCCGGGCUGGGAUUGUCCACCACCACGCUGGGCAUCGAACGGGAGAGCACUCGGAACUCCUUGGCGAGCAGCCGGAUGGGCGGCGAGCAGAGUGACGGGACUCUGUCGCAGCUUUCCCAGCGACUACGAGCUUACAAGAAACGCAGGAGGGCAUCGUCGGCGGUUCCAGGACGCGACCGUCGCUCUGGUCACGAGGAUGCCGACGAAGAUCGGGAUACACCCACAUCCACACUGCGGCGCCACAAGCGUCACAACAGUCUGCCCAAAAACGCCCUCUAUCCGCGUCAGAAUAACACCGUGCCGGAAGACCUCCGAAACGGCAAAGAUGACGUUGAGGUUGAGGACGAUGGAGGUGUUAGUACAGAGGAACCACGACGGCGUAAAUCUACAACUAUUGCCAAAGGCUGUCACUCGGACACCGAGCUGGAUCCACCGCAAAACCAAAAACAGUGUCACAUCAACGGCCAGAAUCACCAGACGGACUACCUGCAACUACCCUCCGUGUGCACCUGCCCUUAUUUCGGGGACAGACCGCUCCAGAAUUGCGUUAAGACCGCCGAAGUGAAGAUAAUUUCAUCUGCUUUCAGGGUGACCACCACAGUGACCACCACCGCCACGGCGGUGAGCAGUUCGCCAAGCGAAAUGGAGCUGCUCCUAUGCUCCAGUACAGGGCAAAAGAAGCCACUGACCUCCAGUGUGAGUGCAGGUGGAGGUGGAGGUCCCGGGCCUGGAGUACCCGCAACUACUGUAAGCUCCACCCUGAGUCCCCACUCUGCGCAUCAUCAAGGCAGCUCCCUAACGGUCCAGAGCGAUGGCAGUGGCUACCUGGCGGCGCCGGGAACUCCCUGCCCCGGACGACGGAAGCUAAGCAUCUCCAAGACGGCGUCGGUGGUCACUUGGGAUGCCAGUCGCCAUCGGAGGCGUGGCAGCAGCUUCGGGGGCGUGCGGACCUCCCUGCUCCUGACGCCCACCAAGACAGCCACGACCUCCUCCACCUCCUCCACGCCGCUGCGAAGAUCGGCCACUCUGCGGAGUCACCAGAACAUGAACUACCAACAAUCAGGGGGAGGCGGGGAGUGUGGUGGCAAGAACAGGACAGCCGCAUCAUCGCCAUGCAUGUUGCAACGCCAGCAGACAGUGCGCUCCCAUCACUCCCGCAACUCGAGUGUGAUUUCCAGAAAUUCUUCGCGACACGGCAGGAUCAUCAGGCUGGAGCAGAAGGCCACCAAGGUGCUCGGUGUGGUCUUUUUCACGUUUGUGAUUUUAUGGUCGCCCUUCUUCGUCCUGAAUCUCCUGCCCACAGUCUGUGCGGAGUGCGAGGAGCGGAUCAGCCACUGGGUCUUCGAUGUGGUCACCUGGCUGGGCUACGCCAGUUCUAUGGUGAACCCCAUCUUCUACACGAUCUUCAACAAGGUGUUCCGGCAGGCCUUCAAGAAGGUCCUACUGUGCCGCUAUUCCAGCACGAGUGCCUGGCGUCCGAGCAGAUAGCAGACACCGGUGAAGCCCGGCAAGCUGAAGUCGAAUCCACACAAAUGCCCCAGUGUGGAGUUCCAGGACACUACGGCAGGACACAGCCCUCGGCCCGAGCGAGGAGUGCUCAAAAGAAGCGUUGCUGUGUCAGGCACCAGAUAAAUUUUUUUUGGAGGCUGAGUAUGGAAAAGUGGCAAGGAGUAAGGGUAAUUGGUCCGGUCAUCUCUCUGCGGUCCACCGCACAACGUGUCGUAUACGCAAUCUCCGGAUAAGGGCCAUCACACCGAAUGUCCUCGGGGCUUAAGCGCUUAUGUGCCUCUAAUUAAUUUCAAAUUCAAUUUGCAUGC